CCUCCGCAAGCAAGACUCCUCCCUGCUGGCCGAGAAGGACUCGCCAGGGUCACGGACCGGAAAUCCAGUCCACCACCGGAAAUAAAGUGGACUUUUCCAACGGCACCGCUCAAGGGGGUGGGCGGGGCUCCCGACGCUGCUUCUGGGGCCCCUGGGGCAGCAGCAGGGCGGCUUUCGAAUAUAACGGAGGAUCUGAGCGAUUCUUCUGGCCAGGAACGAGCUCGCAGGCUCGUGGCCGCUCGAACAGCGGGACUGGCCUUUCCCCUCUUCCCUGCAGAAGGCAGUGUACCCUGUGGUACGCUCCAACUUCAUCAAAGAUGGCGGCAGGCAGCUCCGCGCUUGCGCAGGCGCGAGCCACUGCCCAAUAUGGCGGCCCCCAGGCCUCGCGGCGUUAGCAUAAGUCCGAAUUUGCGUGAGUCCAUAGCGGCGGCCGCCAUGGAGGCCUCUUCCCGGGAAAGAAACCCCACGGCCGACUUAGAGCCCAGCGGCCCCCCAGCGCUGUUCGUGCUAUGCGGCUGGGCCGUGAGCGCCAACAUGGGUGUCCUGGAGAGCGGGGUGUGGGCUCUUCCAGGUCCCAUACUUCAAGGCAUCUUACCGCUGCUCAAUAUCUAUUACCUGGAGAGGGCUGAGCAUGCAGCCCAGAAGAAAGGCCUCUCUACGCAGGCCAUCUGGCAUCAGCUCUGGGAUGAUGUGAUGAGGACAAGGCCACCCCAUCCUGAGAGUGUGCCCUGUUGGCGGACCAAGUUCCUGGAGACAUUCUUCUGCCACGUGCUCCGAGGGACCCUGGACCCAUCGUGUGACUGGCGCCUCCAGGACAGCCGCUUCUCGGCCCUCCAGCACAGCGCACCCUACGUCACCCAGCUCACCAUCUGCAACGCACUGCAGGGAGUGGGGGAGCUGGUGGCCGAGGCCCAGCACGAGGCGCUGCAGACCCUGGCCUGCUCCCUGCACACCCUCAAGUUUCGGCACCUGCUCUUCUCUGACGGAGCUGCUCACCAGGCCCUGCGGAAGCUACUGCACCGGCUUAUUCACCACGGAGCUGUGCAGCACGUGUCCAUGUACUCCUGGCCUGUGCCUGAGACCGCACUGUUCAUCCUCAUCCUCACCAUGAGUGCAGGGCUCUGGCAGCCAGCCCCCUGUGAUGGGCCUUGCAUUCUGUGUAGGGAGGACCCCCCGGCACAAGCCCCAGCCCUUGAUGAGCCGGCUUUCCUUCUGGGGCCUGGCUGGCCACGCCGGGAUACUGCAGAGUGCUCAGCAGCUGCCCUGAUGGCCACUCGGUGGGAGACUGAGGCCAGGAAGGCUCAAGAACAGGCCAUGCUUGUGCAGGAGAGCCGGACGCUGGGUGAAGCAGGCCCCGGGAGUCCUCCUGCCCCAUCCUCAGGCCCUCGGACUACAGCCAGCUCAGCCCUGCAGCCCCAGGUGGCCCCCAGGGGGAAAAGCCCCUGCCCUCCUCACUGGCAAAGGCCUGGGACAGAGCCAGAUGACCUCUAUGACUUUGUCUUCCUCAUUGCCAGUGAAAAGGAGGAGCAGGAAGAGGAGAGGCAGAGCCGUUUGUCUUGUGGGAUGUGGGAGCCCAGCUGCAGGGACCUUCCCUCUCUAGACACUGCCCAGCGCUUCCGCAGCAUCUCGGCUCUGGAGCUGUUCACCAUCCCACUGUCCACAGAGUCGACGCUCAUCCUGUGUCACCUGCUGCGCUCCUGGGUGUCCCUGGAGAAGCUCACCCUCUCCUAUAAUGGGCUAGGCUCCAAUAUCUUCCACCUACUGGAGGGUCUGCAGGCCCUCUCAGCCCAGGCCAACUGCUGCCUCUGCUCCCUCCACUUCACUGACCUCUUCUCCCCUCUGUCUGUGUUGGAGCUGGCCCACACCACCCUCAGGGUCCUGCCCAGGCUGCACACCCUGGCCAUCCGGAUUGAUCAUCUGAGCCCAGAUGACAGUCCCACAGCCCCUGGGAACUCUAGCCCUGGGGCAGGGCAUGAGGACAUUCCAGAGAACUGCCUGGAACAGCUGGAGCUGGGCUUUCCCCGCAGGCCGCAGGCCAGCAAGUGCCUGUGCCGGGUCCUGGAGGCAUCACCUGCCCUGAGGCAGCUGGCCCUGGACAGUGCUACCUUCACCUCUCCCAGGGAACUGGGGUUGGUGCUGCAGACACUUCGAGAAUGCAACCCAGCCCUGCAGAAGCUGAGCUUCCAUGACAUGAACCUUGCUGACUGCCAGAAGGAGGUACUCUUGCUGCUCCAGGACCCCACCCUCCGAGAGCUCACCCUGUCCUUCUGCCGGCUGCUGGAGAAGCGCCGGACCCACUUUCUGCCAAAGCUAGUCACCGCCAUGAAGAGCAAUUCCACUCUGAAGAGCUUCCGGCUGCCAGGGAAUCGCCUUGGGAGCUCAGGCCUUGUGGCACUGGCUGAGAUCUUCUCUAGUGACUCCUCUUCCUCGCUCUGCCAGCUGGACAUCAGCUCCAAUUGUAUCAAGCCAGAUGGACUCCUUGAAUUUGCCAAGCAGCUGGAGCAGAGUCACCCAAGCCGUGGGACCUUCGGCCACCUCUGCCUCUUCCAGAACUGGCUAGACCAGGACCCCGGCAUGGCUCAGGAGGCCAUCGGCCGGCUACGGGCUACAUUCAGUGUGGUUAGUGACACAUGGGACUCCUCCCAGGCCUUUGCCGACUACAUCAGUAUGAUGUGACUAUGGCCUUCCCGGGAUAUAGAGGCCCUAUCCUAGGCUAGGGUCCACAGGAGUACAGCAACACUUCCCUCCAACCCCUACUCACGCCAGAGCUUGUGGGGUAGGGCAUGGUACCAGAGGCCCAAUUUCUGGCCCAAGAGGGAAAGAGAAAGCAGGCAGGUCCUGGCUCCCCAUCUCACCUGGGCAGAUGGGUUGCAGCUGGCCCUGCUGUGCUCAGGGGGAUCAAGGGGAAAAGUGAUCCCCAGAGCCACCCUCCUUCCCCAGGAGUACCCGACUGAGGCCUGGAUCCACCCAGAGCCCACACCAUGCUUUCGACUCUGCCACCAGAAAGUUGUUAAUGCCUUUAUUAUUCCUCUGUACCUUUUUUACAUUUUUAAAAAUAAAAAAAUCUAUUCUGCAUA